AGGAAUCAAAUAAGCAAGCAGAAGCAAGUUAGUGAACUAAGCUAGAAGUUCAAAGCCUUUCAUCUGUUCUUAUCUAAAUUCAGCGUCCGUCUCUUCUUUUUCAAAUUUAGUGUUCUAGAAGUGUGUGGAUGAACCUCCUAGCGUAGGGUUUUGGGUUCCAAACUCUUUCAAAAAAAAAAAAAUUAGUAUUCUACUACCACUUUGGCCUAUACUCAAGUUUUAAACUCUGUCCUAGCUCCCAUCCUAACUAGUCUCUUCCGCAUCAAAUUAUAACAGUGGUAUCAAAGCCACAAAAUCCAACAGUGGUAUCAGAGCUUAUUGCGGUCAUCAAUUUGGUACAUUCCAUUUGUGGCCUUCACCCUGUCUACCUCUACCUCCAACCAAAUAUAUAUUCCUUUUCUCAUCUUUAAGGGAUAAAAUUAUGAUUUUUGGAGUAUCAAGAUGAGGACCUUCUUCAUAUCUCAAAAUUUAUGAGACAUAGUAGACAAAGGGUUCUCAACUCUGAAAAAUUCCACGGUGAAGCAGUUGAGGCAAGAAAAGAAAGAUAAACAAAGAGAUCCAAAUGCACUUUUGGCAUUCAACAAGUGGUGGACGAUGCAAACUUCAAGAAUCAUGGAGCUACUACAUUAAAGGAAGCUUCGAAGUUACUAAAGAAGUUUUACAUAAUUGCAAAGGUACGUUUUGUCAAACUAAGACUAUGAGGAGAGAUCUAGAAAAUUUGAAAAUGAAAGAUACUGAAAUCGUUAAAGAUUACUAUUUCAAACUAAAGAAAAUAGUGAAUCAAUGAAGAACCUAUGGUGAAAAAACUGGUGAGAGUGUGAGACUAGAGUGGUAGAACCUCACUGAAAUAAAUGACCCAAUAGUUACUGUCGUCGAACAUUCCAAAGAUAUAUCAACUUUUUUAGUGAUAGAAUUAACUCUAGAAAAAAAAAUUCUCAUUAGCCUCACUAAAAUAAAUGACCCAAUAUUUACUGUCGUCAAACAUUUCAAAAACAUAUCAACUUUUUUGGUGAUGGAACUAAAGUAUUGAGUAUUUUUUUUUCCUACCACUCUAGUCUCACUAGUUUUUUCAUCAUAGGUUCUUAAUUGAUUUAUUAUUUUCUUUAGUUUGGAAUGGUAAUCUUUAACGAUCUCAAUAUAUUUCAUUUUCAAAUUUUCUAGAUCUCUCCUAAUAGUUUGUAGUUUAACGGAACGUACCUUUGAAGUUAUAUAAAACUCCUCCUUUAGUAAAUCUCAAGCUUCCUUUAAUGUAGUAGCUCCCAUGAUUUUUGAAAUGUUUGCAUCAUCCACCGCUUAUUGAAUGGCGAAAAGUACAUUUGCAUCUCUUUGUUUAUCUUUUUUUUUCUUGCCAUAGUUGCUCCAUUCAAAAAUGCUGACUUAAUUCUGGAUGAUGAAAUCAGACAUUGGGUACGUAAGAGAAUUUGCGACUUUUCAAGGCGCGAGUCCUCGAAACGCAACCAAUGGCAAAACCUAGUUAAUUUGCUAGUACGCGUAUCUAGACUGCACAUCUCUCUAUAGAAGGCUCGAAGUUGAAAUUGAAUGAGAUGCAUUUACUUGGGCUAGCUUUAGGUCCCAAAUGUGCCCAAAUGCGCCGAUGUCACCCCAUUUCAUCUCUUGUCGAAGCCUUUUUCUUUGAAGCCUUGGUCUCUAAGAUCAAACUGCACAAAGAUAGAUUCUCGGAUUUUAUGAUCUAUUUCGAUGCAAAACAAUUGUCGAUGUCAUUGAGGACGAUGGUGUCAAUGGGGAGAUGAGACUAGGAAGUGGAAAAGAAAUCACGUGAAAGAGCGAAACAAAAUAUAUGAUUUUAUUGGGUUUCAUAUUUUAAAGCUGUAUACUCAAAUAUGCAAGUGCUUUGUCUAGUGACUAAAAAGUCAUUUUUGUUACUUAGAAAAGAAAAUCAAGAAGUAUCGAUCCACAAUUUCGUUAUUCAAAAUGUAUGAUUCAGUUAGGCUUCACAUUUCAAAGUUGUAUACUCAAAUAUGUGAGUAUUUUGUGUCGUGGCAAUCUCAAAAUACUACAGCUAGACUAAAAAAAGUCAUUUUCAUUACUCAAAAAAGGAAAUCGACACACCAAUGGCUAUUUUUACGUAGUAAUUGACACAAUUAAUUUAACCUAUGAAAUAUGAAAAAGUCUAUUUUUACUGAGGCGCGUGGAGGAAAUCACUGUUUUCUUAUAAUACAGAUUACAGAGAGAGAGAUCACCAAGAAGGCCCAAAAGGAGGAGGCACACACUCGUCAUCUCUCUCUGUUGGUUUUCGAUUCGAUUCGAUUCUUCUUCUGCGCCUUUCUUGUUCGUGUUCGCCCUCAAAUUUUUAGGGUUUUGGGAUGAAAAUCAGUAAAACAGAGGUGAAUUUGAGGAGGCUGCUUGCAGCUGCUCCUCAGCAACAAAACCAGGCAAAACUUUCGCAUUAUGUUGCUACUUUACGAGAACAGGUAGAGCAGCUAGCUGAAGAGAGAACACCGGAAGGGUUACCUAGAGUUUCAAAGGCUGUUUUGAGUGACUAUUCAGAGAAGAUCGAAGCCAUAGCUUUGAAAUUAGCUGCCCCGUUGCCUAAUUUGCAAGAACCCCAGGAGUCCCUGGCAAGAAUUUCGGUUAAAGCAAAGUCUUCUGAAACAGGAGACAAUCAGAGUCCCCAUUCUCCAGGUCUGAGAAGAAGAUUUGUGCCCAACUCAAACAUCCAAGAUGGAACUCGUGAGACUCUUAGUGCAGAUUCUUCGGCACCUGUCAAACUUGACGCUGCAGCUCAAGCACACAUUGAAAAGCAUAGGAGACUUCAGGAGGAUUUGACUGAUGAAAUGGUUGGGUUGGCAAGGCAACUUAAAGAGACUAGUCUCAUGAUGAGCCACUCCGUGCAAAACACUGAAAAACUACUUGACUCUACAGAGGAGGCUGUAGAAAGGAGCUUGGCAAGCACUGGUCAUGCCACUGCACGGGCAUCCGAUAUAUACUCAAAGACCUCCAAGACUUCGUGUUUCACAUGGCUUUUGAUGUUUCUAAUGACAUGUAUAUUCAUCAUGGUGGUACUUUUAAUUCGUGUCACUUAGAGUAUCCUUAGGUAGGAAGACGGACAGGUUUCACAUGGCUUUUGAUGUUUCUAAUGACAUGUAUAUUCAUCAUGGAGGUACUUUUAAUUCGAGUCACUUUGUGUAUCCUUAGGUAGGAACACGAAGACCGAGACACACAAAGAAAUUAGAAUUA